AUGCUUAUAGAAAAAGAAUUUCUUCAAGUACUUGUAGAAUUUCUUGACAAUGAAACAAGAAAGAAAAUGAUGUUUAUUAAUAAAAAAAUUCAGCAAGUAAUUCUUUGUGACAAAACAUUUAGAGGUACAGCUGAUGAAGUAUCUAAAGAAUAUAGCCACUGUUCACAAAUUACUAAAGUGAUAAUGACAACUGAAAAAGAGUAUUGUAGUUCAUUUAAUUGUUUAUUUCUACCACAACUGAGAGAACUAGAAAUUAAAAGUUCUAUCAAUGAGAGUCAAUUAUAUGACCUUCUAUCUGUUGUGAAAGACGUAGAAGUAAAACGUUUGUCUAUUAAAUCAAUUUCUUCAAUUUCAUUUGAAGAACCAAUAAUUGAUUUACUAAGUUGUUUAACUUCAUUAACUGAGUUUGAAUGCUUUGAGCCACUUACAUUUUCUACACAAUCAGUAUCUGUCUUAGAAAAAUUAGAGAAGUUAACAAUAUAUUGUGAAAAUGAUAUUUCAUUUAUUACUAACUUAAAAUAUUUAAAGAAUUUAAAAGUUUAUUCUUCAAAUGAAAAUGUGUUAAAUUCAUUAAUCAAUAAUAUAAAAUUAAUGAGCCUCACUUCAAUUGAUAUUCAUUCAUUACCUUGUAUUUCUCAAACUUCAUCAUUAGAUGAAUUCGUGUUACAUUCAUCUCUUUUAAGACUAGUACUUCCCAUUUCAUUAGAAAUUAUUUCUUCAUUAACCUCUCUUACACCAACAAAUAAAUCAUACUUUUUUUAUAUCAAACCUUCUGAUACUCUUCCAAUAUCAAUUAGUAUUGACAAACCUUUAUCAACACUUCCUUGUAAAUUUUUCUUUUGUUUUAACCUUCCUAUUUCUUUAGGUUUAGUUCACUCAAAAUUAACUAAUGAACAACUGUUAUUCAUAUUAAAAAAUAAUAUCCUUUCUUCUCCAAUUAUCCAAUUGUUUAUUGAUAAUUCACCUUCAUUAACUUCUUCAUUAUUUACAUCAAAUACUUUUACUUCAAUUCAACGUUUAUAUCUUAAUGAACAACCAUUCUUAGAUAUUUCUUCUUUUACAACUUUAAAAGGAUUAAAAUUAUUAGUACUUUCAAAAACUUCUUAUCCAACUCAAUUACUCCCUCUUCCAUCAGUAAAAACACUUUCAUUACAAUCAGUUAAUAAUUUUACAUCAUUUACUUCUUUAUCAAAUUUUCCUUCCUUAACUGCUCUUGAACUUUUUGACAUUCCAAGUAAAUGUUAUCUUGAUGGUUCUUUAAAAUAUUUUACACAUAUUAACUCUUUGAUAAUAGAACCAUUGUCUUAUGAACGACUUUCUUUACAACAUGUCUCAUCAAUUCAUGAUUUAGUCUUAUAUGAUCAAAACUCAAAACUUCAACCUCAUAACUUUGAUUUCUAUUUGACAUACAUAACUUCUUUAACCAUCCAAAAAUUCCUUAAUAUCAAGGAUUUCUCAUUUAUCAACAACGCUAAGUCAUUACGUUCUUUAAAUAUUACAGAGUGUCCCCUACUUGAUCCUUCUUCUUUGAAACAAUUAACUCAAAUAACAACUUUAACAAAAUUAAAAAUUCGUCAAAAAAUGAUUAAAGAAUUAACUUAUUCUAUUAAUAAAGAGUAUUCAUUCAUUUCUUCAUUAUCUUCACUUCAAAAAAUACAAUUGGCAUUACCUACUUCUUAUGAAGUACUUUGUCAAAUAUUUCAUUGUAAAAAUAUUGUCUCAAUAGAUUUUUUCUCUUGUUUAUGUAAUGAUAAAAGUCCAGUUGACCCGCUAUUAUUUGUUCCUGCUUUAACAUGUUGUCAUUUAAAAAAACUGUCCUUUCCCAAUGAAAUGAGAGUAAAACAAUGUACUUUAUGGGAUAUUAUUAAGAAAGAAUUUUUAUUAAAAAAUAUUGUUUUAAAUGACAAUUAUUAA